AAACCGACCAGUUGAGUUGGAAGAGUGCUUGCGUGAACACAAUGAAACACAUAACAUAAAUAAUAAGAGGACAAACGACAAACGGCGGCGGCCGAAAAUGUGCUAGCGCCGCGAAACGAACUUUAAUCUAUCCAUAUGGGAUAGAUCGGCCGCGUUGUAAAUAGCCUGCAACAAUAGUGUGCUAAAGUUCCAUCUGUCCGGGAGCAGUGCCUCGCAGUAACGAAAUGAGUUUGUGUGCGUGACUAUGCAUGUGUGCGGUGCGUUUGUGUUUAACUUAAAACGUAGAUUGUAGAAUUUCGAAGUUUAUCGCUGCGCGAUAGAAACGAAAUAGAUAUAUCGAAGUAAAUAACUAAGCGGAUGUAUUAAAAGUGCGUGCGAGGGGGCAAGAUGGCUGGAAAAUAAAAGUUCCACAACACACAUAUGUCACUAUGAUAUUGGAUUGGUUUCUGUGGAUUGACGGCAAAGAAAGGGAAUGCAUGACAUGUUCAUCCAAUCUCAACAGUUGGUCGCAAACAACGUCAUUAGCAGUGGUGCACUGGGACAGUCUACGCACGGUAGCAAAAAGCGCAAAACCGAACAGUACAACGACGAACAACUUGUGCCCCAAAACACAACAUCAGCAUCAUCCUACUCGUUAGUGAAUAAUGCAAGUCCGCGUUGCUACCAGCAGCAAGUGCGAACACAACAACAACAACACCACCAACGCGCAACUACCAUCAAAGUCGUAGAUAAUUCUUCGUAUCAACGCUGCGGGCAGAAGCGCAAAGCUUGGUCAUCCGAAGGAGGGAAUGCGGAUGGUGGGGAGCAAAUUAAACUGGGAAGCAACACAACCAUCACGACGGCUCACAGCAAGGUCAACGCGGCCCCGGGGGCCAACCCCCAGCCGCAAGGUAAGCGGUCGGGGAGCGGCGCCGAUGGGGAUUAUCAGCUGGUACAACAUGAAGUGCUCUACUCCAUGACCAACCAGUAUGAAGUCCUGGAAUUUCUCGGCCGUGGUACCUUCGGACAGGUAGUCAAAUGUUGGAAGAAGGGCACAAAUGAAAUUGUCGCCAUCAAGAUCCUUAAGAAUCAUCCUUCGUAUGCCAGACAGGGUCAAAUUGAAGUUAGCAUACUGUCAAGACUGAGCCAGGAGAAUGCGGACGAAUUUAACUUUGUGCGCGCGUACGAAUGCUUCCAGCACAAGAACCACACGUGUUUGGUGUUUGAGAUGCUGGAGCAGAAUCUGUACGACUUUCUCAAACAGAACAAGUUCAGCCCGUUGCCGCUAAAAUUCAUACGACCGAUCCUCCAACAAGUGCUCACCGCGUUGCUGAAACUAAAGCAACUCGGAUUGAUACAUGCCGACUUGAAACCAGAAAACAUCAUGUUGGUUGAUCCGGUGCGGCAACCGUAUAGAGUGAAAGUCAUCGACUUUGGCAGCGCCAGUCACGUCAGCAAGGCAGUGUGCAACACCUACUUGCAAUCGCGCUACUAUCGUGCGCCCGAGAUUAUCUUGGGACUGCCGUUCUGCGAAGCGAUCGACAUGUGGUCUUUGGGAUGCGUGGUCGCUGAGUUAUUCCUCGGCUGGCCGCUGUAUCCUGGCUCUUCGGAGUAUGAUCAAAUUCGCUACAUCAGUCAAACGCAGGGUUUGCCAACGGAACACAUGCUGAACAACGCAUCGAAGACGACCAAGUUUUUCUACCGCGAUAUGGAGAGCACGUAUCCAUUCUGGAGACUGAAAACGCCCGAGGAGCAUGAGGCGGAGACGGGUAUUAAAAGCAAAGAGGCUCGCAAGUACAUAUUCAACUGCCUGGAUGAUAUCGGACAGGUGAAUGUGCCGACUGACUUGGAGGGUGGGCAAUUACUCGCGGAGAAGGCAGAUCGUAAAGAAUUUAUCGAUCUGCUGAAGCGUAUGCUGACAAUGGACCAGGUAGAACGAAGAACGACGCCGGGUGAAGCAUUAAACCAUCCGUUUGUGCGAUUGUCGCAUUUGGUUGAUUAUGCGCACUGUAAUAACGUCAAGGCUAGCGUUCAAAUGAUGGAGGUGUGUCGACGUAAUGAUUUCAACGGGAGUACCACCAGCAGCCAUCACCAAACUGCUCAACAGGCGCCUUCUUUGGUCGCGAACUUUGUUCCCAGCAGUAAUGGCAACGUUACGUUUACAAUUAACAAUCAACUGACUAAUCAAGUGCAACGGCUUGUUCGUGAUCGAUCAGGUUAUGACAAUUUGUAUCAAAUCUAUAAUGGGCGUACAGUGGGUAGACAGUACACGACAAGUAGCAGGGCUGAUCCAUUCCAACAUCAAUUAGUAUCUAGUAUACUAUGCCCCGCUAGUUAUCAGGGAAUGGGUGGUUCACCAGCAAAGCAUGUUACUGUGGUGCAACAACCACCGUUGCAGAUUCAGCCACCUAUUUUAAGUCAACCUGGCCAACAACAAUAUGUUCCUGUGAGUGUGGUCGAGCCGAGCGGGCGUCAAAUGUUGCUUACGAAUGCUGUGCAAACAUCCUGGCCUACCAAUCGGCAAAUGGCGAUUGUACCCAGCUGGCAACAGAUUCCCACUCAUCAAACGGCAAUUCAGCAACCAAUGCUAUCGGAAGCCGAUUGGACGCGGCCAUUACUGGUUGAAUCCUCUGCGAUUUUGCAAGAACAGCGACCUGUGUUUCCUGUCGAUGUCAGUGCAGAUGUUUAUAAUCAAGCGAUUGUUGAACAUUCUGGAUCCACCUGGACAUCUAGCAAGCGUAGUUCUAAAAAUCAUCAUAUGUCCAGUGGGCACCACAGUCACCAUCUUAUGGUACCGUCCCAUCAUCGGUCGCAGCAUGACAAAAAGGAACAAACACAAUUAAGUCCCGUGAAGAAACGCGUCAAAGAAAGCACGCCGCCACAUGACAACAGUUACCGCAAUCGAAACAGCCACGUUUCGUCCCACAAUUGGAACCACCAACAGGUGCAAACCAAACAGGAACCAAGCAGUACACGCCAGCAUACGAUUUUGAUCAACGACACACCAUCGCCGGCAGUAUCGAUAAUCACUAUAUCCGACAGCGAGGACGAUGAGGCUUCGAAAAAACCGGUUAUCCAACAACAGCAGCAGCAGCAGCAACCGCAACAGCACCAAGCGCCCAAUCCAGAAAUAAACAGGAAAAACGUAAUUAGUUGCGUCAGUGUUGGCGACAGUGAUAAUGAGGAUCAUAAAAGUCCGGCAAAGAUUCAACACUAUCGACAGCAGGCGAUUAAAAACGAACCGCAACAAAAUCAACAGCAGCAUAUGGCUGCUGGUGGUUCUCACAGUAAUUAUGGCGGUUCGAGGAAAACGCGUCUCUUGGCCAAAGCUCAAUCCGAAUGCAUGCUGAAUUUACCCACUAAACAAGAACCGGGUACUGAUUACCAACGCGGCGAUUAUCAGAACUGCACUUCAGCGUGCAAGGAACCGCAGCCGUACUACGUCAACUCGACUGCGGCCGGCCAUACGCAAGACCAGCAACAGCUUGUUUAUUCCUCCUGUGAUAAACGAGUUUCCUGGGCGGCACCCGCUGCGCAUGUACCGACCUCCCACGGCAGCAGUCGACGCCAUUCUGCUGUACCUGUUGUAAAUCUUCGGGAAUACAACAUGCAUAAAGAGUAUGUUCAACCACCAGCGGCGCACUCCACCCGGGAUCUUACAAUACCAAGGGAUCAACAUCUUCUCGCGCCGAGCAAGAGUUGGGCCCCACAAACCUUACAUCAAGGUUAUAGACAUACGAACGCUCACUUGUCGCCACAACCGUUGGCUGGGGCGCCGAGGCUGUCCCCGCAGCAUCCUUUGGCCGCUACCGGACAGCCGUUGUACCACCAGACUGAGCUCUAUCGGCGGCCGGCGGUCUACGUCACUACGACGCAGCCAGCGUAUCUGCCCGCCAGUCAUCAGGUGGCUCCAGCGGGUCGGCAGUUACCGCCGCCGGCCCAUCAUGCCAGUGCCCGGCCCGUGCUGGCGAGUCAUCCGAGCCAUCCGUUGCCGGCGCAUCUGCAGUUCCCAUCUCACGCACAAGUCGCCGCCUCCUAUGGAUUUGCGCCGCUCAGUCCGGCCAAGGGGCACCAGUACCAAACGAGUCUAUGGUUUGCCGAAUAAGUUGUGUGUGUGCGUUUUAUUUUUAAUAUGCAGAUAAGUAUCUGAACUGAUUUUAAGUUUUCAUCGCGAACGAAAGCGAGAAACAAGCGUUAUUUUAAUACUGCCUAAAAUUAAGCUUACACGAAAAGAAAUUUGAUGAGAAUUAUGUUGAUAUGCUUCGGUAGUUGUUUAUUGCAUACAUUUCACGCAGGCAUUAAUUUUUAUUUUAGAUUAGAUUAGUUUUAGUUUUUUAGAUGAAGCUUUUAUUUUCAACCUUUUAACAACAAACUAAUGGUGAACAUAGGAAUAUAAUUGAAUAUUUUAUUGAUGUGCCUCUGUAUAUUAUAUAUGAUAUAUGAAUGUAUAGAUUAUACAUUAAUAAUGAUACGAAAAAUUCGUCGCACCGCAGAGCGACCACUUUGCUUCCGUGCUCUGUAGUGAGAACUUCAUUGUACUCGUACAUUGUUUGUUGUUUCGAGCGUCGGAUUCGUUUUAGAUGUGAUAUUUAACUACAAAAAAGCAGAUGCAGAAAAAUUAUUAAUUGUUACUAUUAUUCUUAGCUCAUGUACAUAGAAAUCAACUAGCGAAUAGCUGCAACAAUUUUUAGUUUUAUUCACUCUUAGGUUAUUUUAAUUGAUUAUCUCGCGCGUUUAAUUUACGUUUUUUAAAAGUAAUUUUAUUUAAUUGCCUAUGCAAUGUAAAGGUUCAGUUUGUUUCGUUUGUAUUCGUAAGUAAUUUUUAAAUCAAAAAUAGCAAAUAGCCAAUCUUAGAAUCUUCUCUGAAAUAAUUUCAUUUGAGUAUUGUACAUACAGUUUGAAAAUCUAACAAUCUGAGACAGUAGAUUUGAGGCAUAUAUUUAUACUGGAUAAUUACAUAUAUAUGAAUAUAUAUAUAUUUAUGGUACACAUAAAUACAUGAUAUUACACACGUGAAUAACUCACAUGUAAAAUAAAGUAUCACUGAUUUGAUAUAUGAGAUAAAAAUAUAAAUAUUUUUGGAUCGUGUAGUAAUAACUUACAAUUAGUCAUACAAAUAAUAUUCGGGGAUUUAGAUUAAAUGAAUUCUAGAGCUUUUAUUAUAUUAUGAACUGCGAAUAUUCCCAUAGUAUACAAUUCCCACACACACUUUUAGCAUAACACAAGGUGUGGGGAUAUUCAACGUUAUCAUUAUAAAAAGAAUUUCGCAUUAUUGAGUGACUACAAACACUUGGUUUUCUUCAAAGUAGAUUAACGGUUGAUUAAAAGACAAAAAUAGUGGCAAAUUUUGUGGCAAUAAACGUAUAUAUCUAUACUGUAUGAAUUGUAUCGUUCAUAGUUGAAUUAUCAAAUAUUUUUAUACACAUUUUCACAAAUUUUCUCCCUCUCAGCGCGCCUAGUCACUCACGCAACUAUAAUAUUACAAUUUUCAUAAGAUUAGCGAUGUGAACGUUUUCAAUUGAUGUGCCGAUGCUGUCCAAAACUAAACACUAUUUGUAACUAUUGUCUAUCUUGUCAUUUUAGGGUUCUCUGAUAUGCCCGCAUUGAUGUUAACGCGUGUUUACAAAUUAUUCAAAUAUUCCCAUUUGAUAUCGAUCAACUUUUGCAAAAUAUUGAAAAAUAUUAAAUGUGUCUAGGGUAGUGUUUCUGGUAAUAGUUCUGAUAUUCUAAAACCACGUAACUUAUACAUUCAGGGUGUUAAGGGCUUGUUACAAAAACGAUAAAACAACAUGAUCUUAUUUUGGACAAAAAUUGCUACACUUGAGAUUUCGUUCAUCCGUAAUGAACCAACCAGCCUUAACAAAGAACAAUAUAUUCUUCACACAUGUUGAGCUAGCUAGAAAUGUUUUAAUGUGUAUAUCAUUAUGUACGCGACAUAAAUAGGGCCAACGUAGAUAGUGUUUUGUUAAACCUAGGUAGCGAGAAGAGAGAAUUAUUACUAAACUAAACGAUGAAUGUAUUUAUUAUAACACAUUAACGUUUUUGCCUUAAACGUAGUAAAUUGAUACAAUGAAUAAUCGUACUUAGUGAUCAAGUCAUCGUUUUAAUUGUAUAAUAAUGAUAAUAAUCUUAGGGGCUCGUAUUAGAUAGGAGGGUAGUGGUGUUUGUUUUUAGUAGAGCGCCGGAACACGCUUUGUUUGUCAUCGUUAGAAAUAUAUCUUAACGACAUUGAAAACACACAACGAAGAACACAUGUUGAACGCUGUUUCUGUACAUUGAAGAUGCUGCAAAUCAGCAACAUUCUAAGACUGGCCUAAAACAAUUAUUAAAAUAUCGUACAUACGCACUAGACACUAUAGUAUAAGUAUAUACCUAUGCUUCGCUACUGUACAAUCCAAAUAUAUAAAGUUACAUUUUUAACAUAUCCGUAAUCACUCGGGUAACGCAAAAAUAUCACAUGCAAAUGAAUACAACCAGUACAAUAUCUACUGUGAAUGAUACACAACCUAUUCUAAUCCAUUCGAUCUCUUUUUAGUAGAAAUUGAUGAUAACCGCGCACUAGAUAUUUAGAUUUCUAUAUUUCGUUGAUCAUGAUUAAUAAGUUGGUUUUGCCAAAUUGCACAAUAGUGAAUCGGCGCUCUUUCUAGAUGUUUGUAUUCAAAUUUUAACACAGAAACAAGUGUAAAGAAAGAAUUUGUACACACAAAGACUGGUGUAGUUCAUGUCAAUACAUAAACUUAGCUAUGUUGUAAGAAACGUUAGAUAAUAAUUAAUGAAAAUACAUAUUACAAUGAGUAGGAGAUACGUGUAGAUGUAGCGACAAACUAUUAACAAUAUAAAGCUCGCUCUUAAAAUGGGAUUAUUAUAUUUAUAUACUAAAUUACAACAUAUGAGAUAAAUUGUGUUUAUAGGGUAUAUGCAUAUAUAAAAAACAGUUAGAUGUAAUUGGUGAUUGUUUACUUUUGAAGUCUUAGAAGGAAUUAUAAACUAGUUGUAAUACUAGUAAAACUGUCAAAUGAACAUAAUAAGCGUAAUCUUUAGUUGUAAUAUUAUAUUUAUUACUUUUGUUCUGAAUUUGUUAAUCAAGUACUACGUAACUUAAGUUUUUAAUCAUUGCAUCUUAACAUCAGGAAUGUGUCUUUGUUAAAUGUGAACCUGGAGGCGAUUUUAAGCUGUAGAAUUGAUGUGGUGUGCAAUUUCAACUUCUAAUCCAGUUUAAUGUCAUUAACUACUAUUUUUGUUAAAUCUAAUAAUUGUAUAUACAUAUUGUAUGGAUAACGUGUAGAUAUACUGUAGAACUUGCGCAUCAAGCAUACACUGACAUUUCUUUGACAAUUAUAUAUUGAAUGAUGGUACAAAACAGGAAAUUUCAAAUUUCACACUGCAGCCUGUAUAUUCUGUGUGUAGUCGAGGGCAAAAACAUAAAAAACAAACAAAAAAUUGAAGAAAUGGCAAACGAAUGUGAUAACAAUAUUAAAAUUUCAUAUUAAACCUAUAUAUACCAAACAUUAAGUAAUUAAUUAAAGAAAUUCUUCAUUUUCACGCUCCUACUGGUUUGAAUCUUUGUAAUAUAUGUAAUUAUAUUUAUGUUAGGAGUUUGACGGAGUUUUCUAUUAAGUCUGUAGUUGUAACAACACCAAGAGCUAAUCAUUUUGUGCACAAACUGAUUCGAAUGAUUUGAUACUGGUCCAAAAACUUAGUACUGACAAUCUGUGCGAGAAUUUGUCCGAAAACACGUUGAAUAUAUUGCUUCCUGUUUAUCCUAAUACUACUCAUAGCUGCAAUACAAUGCAAGCAUAUUAAUAUUAACUAUUAGCAGGGUAUAACUGAAUUGUAGUCUAUUGUUACUGUACUGUACAAGCAAACCUAGCGAAAGUCCAAUGAUUUAUUUAUGCGGUGGUCCUAAAAUACAAAUGUCUAAUGCUGAUAAACGGAUGUAGAGAUUUCAUUCGGAUGUAAGACGAUGUGAAUUUAAAAUUAACCUGUUAAAGGAGUUGUACAGACUGCAUUAUAUACCUGCCACGAAAUAUUAUAAAUUAAAAUAACAUAAGCGGAUAUUUAAAACUAGUUGGACCAAGGCAUAUUAAUUACUGGUAGAUUUGAAAACCGCAAAACUGAAUUUAAAACAAAUAUCUCGGCCUCAAUGUAUAAUUAGAUCAAUUUGCAAUUGUUUAAACUAGGAAAACUUGUAUUGUAAUUGGUGCAAUUUGCAUGUAACAUAAGAUUUAAUAAGGAGUAUAUAUUAUAUAGAUUUAUAUAUAAAUAUAUAUAUAAACAACAAAAUGAUAUAUGUAAGGCUUGCAUAUAUGAUACAUAUAUAUUUUAGCCAUUUUCAAACACUUCAAUUAAUUGUUUCUCUUGUAAUAUUGUAAUAACAUCAAACUUUCAAAACUGUGUUGUUAUAUUUACAGAAUAUUGUAGUUUGUAUCGACGCUAACUAAUUUUGAGCAAUGAGUUGUCUGAAAUAUACUUUUUUGCACUAUAA